GGGGAUGGGAGCCGACUGUUGACACUGCUACGUAAUCUGUUUGCCCCUCCUUCCUUGCUGCUUGCCCUGCCACUCCCGCUAGAGCCGCCCAGUCCCGGUCAUCCCGAAGGCGAGAACGGUCCAGUUAUUUAGGUCCAGAAGGUCGAAGAGUCAGCUUGCAACUAACAGGUAGAAUCUUUCUCCCGGACGUGAACUCGCCUAUCUCCAGGAAUGGAGGUGAAUAAUCGUUCUGUUCUUACAUUUCUUUGUGUGUGCUUCUGUUCUAUUCAAUUGGGCAAAGCGAAUCCAUCCCAGACCAACAUGUCAUCCGUCUUUAUCACUGGCUCAAACCGUGGGAUAGGACUAGAGAUGGUAAAGCAGCUCCUUGCUCAUGCUAACCCUCCAUCAACCUUGUUCGCAACCUGCAGGAAUCCAGACUCUGCCACUGAACUGCAAGCCCUUGCAAAGAAUCAUUCCAAUUUAAUAAUUUUAAAGCUUGAUGUUCUUGACUUUGACAGCUUUGAAGGUGUUGCUAGUAAGGUCAGCGACAUUGUUGGUAAUAAAGGUUUAAAUGUUCUGAUCAACAAUGCUGGUAUCAAUCGUGGCAAAAAGGACAGCCUCUCGUUAGUUAAUGCUCAGGAUAUGAUUGAUGUUUACCGCACCAAUACAGUAGCUCCAAUCCUUCUGAUUAAGGCAUUACGACCUCUACUGAAAAAAGCAGCUGAGGUCAAUAAGUCCUCUCCAAUGGGUUGGUCUCGUGCAGCCAUUAUAGACAUUUCUUCAGGUCUUGGUUCUGUGUCAAACAAUGAUUUUGGAGGAUGGUUUGAGUAUCGGGAAAGUAAGGCUGCAUUGAAUAUGGCAGCUCGUUCAGUAGCUUCUGAACUUGGACCUGAGAAUAUCCUAGUUUUGAGUGUGCAUCCAGGAUGGGUUCAAACAGACAUGGGGACAAGUGCUGCAGAUCUUAAGGUUGAAGAUAGUGUGAGGAGCAUGCUGAAUGUGUUUUAUAAUCUCAAACCUGAAAACCAUAACACAUUUGUUCAGUGGGAGGGUAAGACCCUGCCUUGGUAAUAUCACCAGGCUUUAAAAACAUUCCUACUGGAGAUAAAUUUUCAUAUUGUACUUCACUAACCAUGUAAUAGUUCACCAUGUCGAUUCAAAUAAUAAAUUUUCAAAUAAAGUA